AUGGCCCCGUAUACUACAGUCAUUUCGACAGUUGCGAAUGGAUCUGCAGGCAGCAGUAAUAAUAAAAAGUUGGAAUUCCACAACGAUGAGUCUAAACCCCGUUCCCCCCAUCCACGACGGCCCAAUUACAAACAUAUUCAUCGAUAUCCUCUUCCCCUCCAUGUCCACCCUUUACCACCUUUGAUUCCCCAUAACCCUCUCUCCCUCAUUAGUAUAGUCCUGUCAUAUCUCACAUUCUUCAUUUUGCCUCCCCAUCAACAUGUCUUCCCUGCAUAUUUUGACCCCGCAACAUCUUCAGUCCACGUCACAGACGCGAAAGUGAUCCGUGCGCUGUGGGAGAUGGGCUUCUUUGGGAAGGGAAGCUUGAGUAGGAGUGAACCAAGUUGGUUGGAGCGGGAGAAGAAUAGAAGGGGAUUGAUAGGCGAUGCUACUAGUGAGGAGGUUACUGGAAAAAGAAGAGUGGAGCGGCGGGAGCGCAAACUCGAGAGAGCUAGGAAGGAAAAAGAGGCUAUUGCCGAACAACUCAGAGUGGAAGCGCUGUCUCGUGGUAUUGAUAGCAUGAACUCAGCCUUACCCUCGUUGGAGACUCCCGUGAAUGGCUCUGUUAUUAAAACAGAUGAACGGAAUCAAGAAAUACCAGCUCAAGAAAAGAUAGUCGCAACAGCAGAUUUAUCUACCUUCGGACAACAUAUAGCCAAUGGAAAAGCUGAAAAUGAGCCGAUGAAUGGCGUCAAGGUCGUGCGUUUCUCGCCAGUGGUCGAAGAAAAAGAAUAUGAUCUUGUUAAAGCUCCUCUAUCUCAUGUACCUGAAGUUUCAGUCCCUCCUAAACGCGAACACUCACUCGUACUAAAAAAUGAAGAACAUCUCCAACUGUCGAACGAAGAAGCCUUCUUUCUGGUAUACGGCCUGGGUGUCUUGCAGGUGUAUGACAGUGACCGCACCACAAUCCUCACUGCAACUUCCCUUUUACCCCUCCUCCGCCAACAUUCCUAUUUCCCUCCACGAGACUCGUCUAUGCCCGGAGAACCAGAUGACCCAUUCAUACUAUCUUAUGUUAUUUAUCACCACUUUCGUUCUCUGGGUUGGGUUAUCCGUUCCGGCGUAAAGUUUGGCGUCGAUUAUCUUCUCUACAAUCGUGGGCCGGUGUUCUCACACGCUGAGUUCGCAGUUUGUCUGCUCCCUGCAUAUUCUGAUCCUUAUUGGAGAGUGACUGAGGAAAGGAGGCAGAUGAUUGCGAAGAAACAGGGGCGAACUUGGUGGUGGCUGCACUGCGUGAACAGAGUGCAAGCACAGGUCAAGAAGAGCGAUGGGUACCGAAUCGGAGCCGGGAUUGAAGAUGGUCUCUCUUUUGUUUUCCGUAAGAAUGAAUGCAUUAUUGGGAAGGAUGAGCAUGGAGUGUUUAGCCUGAGUGUUGUGGAUGGCUAA